AUGCCAGUUUUCCUUCCAGAACUGACCAAACUCCUAAAGAGCCUCGUUGUCUGUAAAAAUGAGGAAAACUCUGACAAGAUUAAGAUUCCAUCAGACUAUCCACUCCUUCCGAACGAGAGAAACUUUGAAAUAUGUGUAGAUGCUACAAGGAACCUGUUGUUUAAAGGAGGAAUGAUCCAAAAAAUAGAACUCAUAAAUGACUUGGGAGAAAACUCGUCGGAAAAGUACCAACUUGAGGCUUAUGAUGGCAUUCUUACCAUGGUAAAUUUUGUUUUAUUCCCGCUACCUUUUCCGCUAAAAUGCUAUCAGGAUUGUUGUUUAGCCUCUACGAUUCUGGUUGAGAUAGUGGAUGAAAUGUCAAUGGACCUCGAGCUACUAAAUGAUGUAUUUAGCCAACUUUUGAAGUAUGAUAAGUUUGUCAGAGAUUUGUUAGAGAUUUCAAAUGAAGUUUAUGGCACUGGAGGUCGAAAUAUUAAAGAUGAUCUCAGGACGUAUGUAUGCAGAUCGGAUUACUUUAUACACAUCGACGGUCUUUCAAAGAAUAACUCACAAGAAGAAAACGAAUUUUGUAAAUCGUGUUAUUAUGAUCAUUGUUUAUGCAGCUUUUCUGCAUCUAACCAUACCAAGGAGAACAAACAAUUGGAAUUCAAAUUGGUUGAAUGUAACAAUACAGCGUCCUCGGUAUCACAUCACUCGGAACUGGUGCACAAGGUUCAUGAAAAGCUGUUAAAGACUAAUCUUGUUGACGUUAAUGACCUGGAAGAGGAACAGGCAGAGAGACUUUUGUUGGAAAAGGAAAAACUUCACAUAUAUAAUAACCCUGAUACUUGCUUCUCAUAUGCAAUAUAUGAAUCACAUAAAAUGUACAUUAAUAAAUAUAAACCCAUAUUUGGAAAAAACAGAGUCUGUGUUUUCCUGGUGGUCAGAGACAACCUCAACAAUUAUUAUGAUACCUAUUUUAUAGCAAAUGAUAUGUUUGAUAGAUACGGGGUUCAUGUGAAAACCGUUUGUCCUAAACAAAUGAUUUGUUGGAUGAAGAAAAAAACUCUUUUGCUGGUUAGUGAGUGGGAACACAACAGUGACGGUACAGUUAAACUGCUAAAGUAUGAUGACUGUAACAAUAAACUUCACCCUGGACGACUGGUAGUAAUCAUGAAUUCACAGUCAGACCCAAACCAUCUGAACAAACUUGAUUGUUUUGAGGUCAGUACGGUAUAUUCAAGGGAUUACUAUGAUCCAAAACUUAUGGAAUCGGAUGAAAGGGUCCUAAUGAGAAAAUUUCUUGAGUUUUCAGACGCCAUUAAAAUUCCAACAAGUGUGGCUCAACUGGUUAAUACCAAACGUGCUCAAAUGUACUUCAGUAAACCCCAGAAUAUUGAAAGAUUAGUGGCUUUAUACAACAAGAGAGUUAAGGGUGUUAAAAGGAAUAAUGACAAUAUCGAGCUUGUUAAACAGACUACAAUUCUACAGGUUGACCCAUCAUUGGAGUCAAGUUCAGAAGUCGUAAAUGAUGCAAUUCAAACCCCUUCAGACUACAUACUUAAAAGCAACGGCGAGGGUGGAUCAGCCUGUACAUUUGGAGCUGAAAUUUCCGAAAAGUUGAGAACUGCUCUCAAUAACAGGGAGGAACUUUGCCAGUAUGUUCUAAUGAAGAAGAUUAAAACACCCUCACAGCCAGCUUUGUUUGUAAAGAAUUUGAAAAAUGGGUCAUUUGAAGUUAAGGGUCACAAUAGUCUGACCGAACUUGGUAUAUAUCACUAUGCAUUAUAUGAUGGUUCUGAAUGUAAAGCCAAUGAAUUCGUCGGUUAUCUAGCAAGAACUAAACCGGAAUUUGUAACAGGAGGAGGAAUUGGAGCUGGAUUUGGUUUUGUGAACUCUUUACUACUGUUUUAA